CCUGUUAUUCUUUCAAGAGAUGACUGUAUGUUAGUUUCUUUAUAUGAUGUUCUUUUUGAUUGUUUUACUGAAUAAAAAAAACCAAAUCUUAGUAGUUAGCUAUGGAUGUAGAUGACAGCUUAUAUGUAAUUGUACAGAAUGGCUUUCCUCUGUAAUUGUGUUCAGUAACCAUAUUUAUUGUAGUGCAUAAUUCUCUCAGUGUUCUGUAGCUUAUGUAGCUGGGCAUACAUUUGCAUUCCAUAUUGAACUGUAAUGAAUGUCCACUUAUUCUGGGCUUCCAGCAAACAAGAUGGUAGUUUGCUUUGCACUGUAAGAAUAUUUUGUUUCUUUCUACCUUCGACAGCUGUAAUUUGGGAAGGUUAAAAUAUAUUAUUGAAUAUGGCAGGCUGGAAGUAAGUGCUGAAUUAUUAAUCAGAAUGUCUUGUUGUGCUUCAAAUUUAGAGGCAUCUCACUAAAAAAUAUAAACUAAGUGGUAGGAGAGCUUUUCACUGUGUGGAAAUCUUUGCAAAGUGUGAUUGGUUAAACAGAAUGCAGAUUGUUAGGUAAUGCCAGGUUUCUUUCAAGUUUUGUUUAAAUAGCCUAGAAAAACUGUUUUAGGAGAAGGGUUAUUUCGCUGGUUUAUGCAUAAGUCAGACCUCAGCAGUUUGCUAGCAUGGCUACUAUUUGGAAAUUCAAUCCCAGACUUGAUACUCAAUUAUAUGGGAUUUCAUUCCUACCAACUUCCUGUAAUUCUAAACCUAUGGGUAAAAAUAUUAGUAGUCAUACGCUGCUGGGGAAAGUACGGACACAUUGACUCAGCUAGUGCAGCUGCAGCAGAAGCUGCUGUUUUAAACUUGAAAGUGCUGGGAGGUUAUUAUUAUAUUCAUAUAUGCAAAUUGCAGAAGGUAUAAUUGAAACAAGGUUGAUAGUGUUUGUCAGUACGUUGCAGCUAAGGUCUCUGGAAUGUAAGUGCUUUAUAAAUGAAUGCUUUCUGACUGCGAGCAAUCAAAGACGGUCCAGAAACUGCACUUCAACAAAUGGCUGACUGAUUUCAAGAGGUACAAUAUCUUUUUUCUUAACACUACUGUCUUGUAGAAAUUAGGACAAAGCUUGCAACUUCUUUUAUGGGCUUUUACUGUUGUGAUGUAGUAGCUCCAGGUUCUCUGCAGCUGCUUGUAGACUUUCUGCUGAAGGAUCUUUGUGGUUUUAAUUUGCUAAUAUGCAUGGAAAUGAGAACAAAUGGCACGACGGUUAAGAUUGCAUUUUGCAACCCAAAGAAGAAACACAGAUCUGUUAUCGGAAACCUCCGAAGAUGUUUUGGAUAGUAACAAUCAAACGUACUUCAAAAAGACACAGAAUUCUGGACCUAAUGUUACACAAAUGAAGCUGGCUUCUAGACAAGUUGCAUGUGCACCUGUAAUGCAGCAAGUAAUUAAUCAAGAGGGAAAUGCAACUAUUUCUUCACUGCAGAAAAAAAAGAGCACAUCACUGCACAUUUCUCUGCAAUCUAGAAGGUACAGUGGAUGUUUUCGGUCUGGUGAUGCUGCAGCUACUGGCAGCGAUGCUUCAUUCAUCGGUAUUUGUAAUGAGGGAAAUCAUGGCGUUAGAACUGUGGUUGAUCAUCAAGCUAACGAUAGCCAGCUGAGCAAUACUGCUGUGUGCAUCGGCAGUCUUAACAGUACUGCAGCCAGUGACAAUGGAUCCUUCAGCAGUGCUGGCAGUGACUAUGGGUCAUGUGCAAGCACCACGAGCGAUGGAGGUUCGUAUAGUAACAGCAUCAUCAGUGACAGCGGCAGCGGCACUCUCUUGACAAGCGGUGGUUCUUUCUGUUGUAGUGUUGUACACAGUGAUUCGUCAUAUGGAAACGCUGCAAACAAAUAUAGCCCAUACAGAAACAGUUCAUCUCAGGAAGAAAUAGAAGUGUGUAGAAUUAAUACAGCUUUUGACCAAGAAGCUUUGUCAGUGAGGAAGAAAACUAAAGUUCCUCUGCGGCGGUGUUCAUCGUUGGUAAUUUUCCCCAGAAGUCCUUCCAGUACUCCUCCAGCGUCUCCAGUAACCUCAGGUCAGAUGCCACAUAAAGGUGCCUAUCAAACAUCACAUAAACUGAUUAUUUUUCCUAGUGAGCUGGCACGUAAGGAAGAUCAAACUGUUUCCAAGGGAUUCCUUUCAACAGCAGUCAAUGGACUUCGACUGUCUAAAACAGUUUGCGCAUCUGGUGAAGCUAGAGACAUAAGACCUCUUUACUCGCAUACAUCAUUACAGGACAAAAGUCAAAUUUUGAACAGUUCUGAGCAGGCAGCUCGUGAAGAAAUAGCUGACAGCCUCUCAUGUAUUUCAGUUCAUCUGACUCCAAGAGCAUUUGCAUCAAGCAGUGAAAUGGUUAAUGGCUGUUGCAGUCAAGAGUUAAAUCUGAACUCCAGUGCAAAAUACCCUCCUUUAAAACUGGCACGCAGCACAUCUGCAUGUUUACCCUCAAAAAUAGAUUCAGAAUACCAGAUGAAUAUAAACGAACUGGGAAGACCGAAUGCACAGAUGAGCAAAGCCCACCAUGUUUUGCAAAGAAGUGUUUCAUUGGAAGGAUCACGUCAGAAAGUUUCUUGCUGUUUAUCCAGUCUUAAAUACAAGUGUCAUAAUGCAGGGACGUCUCAGUUGCACAUACAGUUCAAAGCUGGGAACGAAGGAAAAACAAGUGGUGUUAAGAAAAGAUAUGGAACCUCUAAAAGGGAAAUAUCUAGCACUUCUUUGUGGAGGCCUCAUAAGACUCGAGAUGAUUUUCUUGGGCAAGUGGAUAUUCCCCUUUAUCAGUUACCGACAGAGCAUCCAAGUAUGGAGAGACCAUAUACCUUUAGGGAUUUUGUUCUUCAUCCAAGAAGCCAUAAAUCAAGAGUUAAAGGUCACCUUAGAUUAAAGAUGACUUACUUACCUAAAAGCAAUGGAUCUGAAGAAGAAACCACAGAACAGGCCGAGGAAUUGGAGCCUGGGUGGAUUUUACUGGACCAACCGGAUGCUUCUAGCCAGCCACAACAGCAGCAGCAGGAAUCUCCUCCACUGCCUUCAGGUUGGGAAGAAAGGCAAGACAUCCUUGGCAGGACCUAUUAUGUCAAUCAUGAAUUCAGAAGAACACAGUGGAAAAGACCAACUGCUCAGGACAAUGUAGCUGUAGCAGAUAUUGGUAACGUGCAGUUGGAGGCCCAGCAUGCGUUCACUCAUCGGCGGCAGAUAUCAGAAGAUACAGAAAAUCUAGACAGCAGAGAUUCUCCUGAGAGCUGGGAAAUUAUAACUGAAGAUGAGGCAACAUUGUAUAGCAAUGAGAACCCUCAAAUACCUCUGCCACAGAACAGUUGCGAUAUACAGACUCAUCUUGCAGAAGAGCUGAAUACCAGACUUAACACCUCUGGAAGUUCAGCUACUGGCCAGUCAGCAGCCUACACUAACCAUUCCAGCAGAAGAGGUAGUCUGCAAACAUACAGAGUUGAGGAGCAGCCUGCACAUCCAGUGUUACUGCCUACUUCAUCUGGAUUACCGCCAGGCUGGGAAGAAAGACAAGAUGAAAAAGGGAGGUCAUAUUACAUAGAUCACAAUUCCAGAACUACUACUUGGAUAAAACCAGUUGUACAGAUUGCUAUGGAAGCAGGUCAGUUGCCAACUGCACAAAAUACUUCUAUAGCAAGACAGCCACAAGCAACAUCAGGUGAUUCAUCACAACAGUGUUCUAAUCAGCAGCCUGAAGUGGAGCAAGGAUUUCUCCCUAAAGGCUGGGAAGUUCGGCAUGCACCUAAUGGGAGACCGUUCUUUAUUGACCACAACACCAAAACUACAACAUGGGAAGAUCCGAGACUGAAAAUUCCUGCUCAUCUGAGGAGAAAGACUUCCCUAGAUCCAGUAGAUCUAGGGCCAUUACCACCAGGGUGGGAAGAGAGAACACACACAGACGGAAGAAUAUUCUUCAUAAACCACAAUACCAAGAAAACACAAUGGGAGGAUCCUCGACUGCAGAACGUGGCGAUAACUGGACCAGCUGUGCCUUACUCCAGGGACUACAAGAGGAAGUAUGAGUUCUUCAGAAAGAAACUGAAGAAACAGAGUGAUAUUCCAAACAGAUUUGAAAUGAAAAUUCAUCGCACAACAAUCCUUGAAGAUUCUUACAGAAGAAUUAUAGCUGUGAAGAGAGCAGAUUUCCUUAAAGCAAGACUUUGGAUUGAGUUUGAUGGUGAAAAAGGUUUAGACUAUGGAGGAGUGGCCAGGGAAUGGUUCUUCCUUCUCUCUAAGGAGAUGUUCAAUCCUUACUAUGGAUUGUUCGAAUAUUCAGCUACAGAUAAUUAUACUCUGCAGAUCAACCCAAACUCUGGACUGUGCAAUGAAGAUCAUCUCUCUUAUUUCAAGUUUAUAGGUCGAGUAGCUGGAAUGGCUGUUUACCAUGGCAAACUUUUGGAUGCAUUUUUCAUCCGUCCUUUCUACAAGAUGAUGCUCCAAAAGCCAAUAACGCUUCAUGAUAUGGAGUCUGUGGAUAGUGAAUAUUACAAUUCUCUGAGAUGGAUUCUUGAAAAUGAUCCAGCGGAACUGGACCUCAGAUUUAUAGUUGAUGAAGAACUUUUUGGACAGACCCAUCAACAUGAACUAAAAAGUGGUGGAUCGGAAAUUGUUGUCACCAACAAGAACAAGAGAGACUACAUUCAUCUUGUAAUUCAGUGGAGAUUUGUGAGCAGAGUACAGAAACAAAUGGCAGCGUUUAAAGAGGGCUUUUUUGAACUAAUACCUCAGGAUCUGAUUAAAAUUUUUGAUGAAAAUGAGCUGGAGUUACUGAUGUGUGGACUGGGAGAUGUGGAUGUAGCUGAUUGGAAACUACAUACAAAAUACAAAAAUGGCUACAGUGUAAAUCAUCAAGUAAUACAGUGGUUUUGGAAGGCAGUCUUAAUGAUGGACUCUGAAAAGAGAAUAAGAUUACUACAAUUUGUUACUGGCACGUCACGUGUACCUAUGAAUGGAUUUGCUGAGCUUUAUGGUUCAAAUGGACCACAGUUGUUUACAGUUGAACAGUGGGGUACCCCUGAAAAAUUGCCAAGAGCUCAUACCUGCUUCAAUCGCUUGGAUUUGCCCCCGUAUGAUUCAUUUGAAGAUUUAUGGGAUAAACUUCUUCUAGCGAUUGAAAAUACUCAGGGCUUUGAUGGGGUGGAUUAAACCACAGACAUAAAUUGUAACGGUCCAGUGCUGCAACUUCAUUUCAAGGGUUUACAGAUUUGAAUUUUCCAGGGACUACCAUUUUACUUUGUCACAUGAGUAUUCAAUCUUCAUAGUAUCACUUGUAAAAUAAGUAUUAAAAAUUCACUAACGUUUGAAAACGUAUUUUGCCAUUUCCACAGUUUUGUAUACUUUGAUAGUUACUACGAAAUAUACAUUGGAUGGGCCAGUGCCAAGUAAGUCAACAGCUAAAAUGUUUUUAAGCAGUUGCUUGUUCUUACAGUAUUCGACAGACUGUCCUGCAGUAAACUACUGAAGUAAAACUGUGAAGAAAUCUUUGCAGAGGAUGUAAAUUUGAAUUGCUGCUUUGAGAGAAACGACUAAAAUUGUUAGUGAGUUAAAAAUAUGUACUUCAUGUAAUGCAAUAUCAUCUGUGCUGCUUCAGGCUAUUUGCUACAGACCUUCCCAGAGCACCUUAUAAUUCAGCAUAAUUGGUAAAACAUUGCAGAACAUCUGUUGGUGUUAUCAGCUAUCAGUUUGCAGAACGUUGACUUGCUUACAGUUUUUUUUAUUCUAUUAUUUCUAUUUCUAACUUGCUUUUGUUAAGACAAUGUAACAAAAUUGGGACUUUCUAUAAGGCACAAGCAGCAUAAUUCUGAAUAGUAAUGAGAAAUUGUAUCUUUUCUUGUCAGAAUUUGUAUACUGUUGUUGGUUUAUUGAGUGUUCACUUUUUUUGAUAAAUUUGUAGUUCAACAAUGGAUAAUGUUUUCAAUUCAGCAUUUUUGCAACAAAUUAAUCUUAAAGCAAAAUUUGUAUGAGUAUCACAGAGUAUUGGUUACUGGUAGUUAGAGGCCUUUAUUAUCCAUUCUUGCAGUAUUGCACUACGUAACAAUAAAGAACAUGUUUACAGGGUUUUCUGGGCCAAGUUCAGCAGUCUGAUGUGUGCAAACUUCUCAGAAAUGUAUGGGAGUUUUGCACAUAUAACCAGGGGCAGAAUUUGGUUCUUUAAUAUGUUUACAGGUUAUGCUAAUUUCUAUAGCUGCAUUUUUAUAUUUUUUCUCCACUGUUAGUCUAGAAACCAAAUUUGUUAAUACAGUAUAACCAAAGUCAUAACCAACAAUGUGCAAUUUAUUGUAGAUCGACCUGUCAUAUAAAUAUUAGUUUGAUUUCUUUUGUAAAUGUGGGUAUUAUUUUGUAUGAAUAUUAAUGCUUUUUGUUUGUUUUUUUGAGCAAGUGCUGGUUAAAAAGAUUAGUCAGCUUGAUGAUAAAAGAAAAAGAAUUGAUUGAUAUACCCAGCUUGCUGUAAUUUGAACUUUUUAUUACCAACAUGAUCAGAGGAAAUGACGGCAUCUAGCUUUGGCUAGCAAGUUUCUCUUUAGUCAGUCUUCAGAAAUAUGCAAGAAGGUAUUGUAGCACAUCUCUCUAUGAAGAUAUGUAAAUUGUGUAACUUGUAAUGGGUCUUAAGGGAUAUUUAAAAUCCCGGUUUGUUCUAUUCUUUGACUAGGUUGCUAGGGCUGAGGAUACUACAUGUAAAUAAAGGUAAUUUAUACAGAUUUCCCAAAUCUAUAAGCAGUUUUGUAAAACACGAAUGAUAUAUCAGUAAAUCUGUAUAGAUUUGAAUGUAGCAGUAUUUGUUGCAUACUUUAAAGUAUAAAAUAAGAAUCCUGAAAGCAGUAAAUAAAAGUUUAUUCUGAUAA